AUGCUUCGUCGUAAUCCAACCCGUCUAGACCUUCGUCAAGACGAUAUUGACAAUAUUGAACGACUUCGUGAAGAAUACCAAAAGAACCUUGCAACUCAGAGAACUCAAGAAAUUGGCAAGGGAAAACGAAAAAGCGUAGAGCUAGAAGAAAUGGAUGAUGGAAUGGAUGCCAAUGAUGGUGAAAUUGAUGGUGAAUUAAUGUUGACCGAAGAACAGCAAAAUCUGCAACAGCAGCAGACCUCAAAUGAAGCUGAAAGUCCAAUUGUAGGGUCUGAAGUGACAAAAAACAAGAGAAAAAAUAUGACAAUAGCUGAAAGAAUUGGUCUUUGA